CAAUUCCCAAAAUGAAAACGGUGGGUGGGUUUUUCCUCUGUUUACUGCUGUAAUUUUCCCCGGCUUCGGUCACAGACUGUAAAAGACAGAGCUGGAAAGUUCUGAUUUGAUUGAAAAGGUGGCGUUUUUCUUUUCCCAGAAUUGACGUGUCAGUGCAGUAAUGAACAAGAUGAGGUUUCUUUUUAAAUUAAGAGCUGCCGGUGAGUGUCCCCUGCUUACUGCGAACAGCAGGAACUCCAGCUCGGCAGGGGCAGCAGUCUCCACCCUGGCUUUCGUUCCAGCCAGCGCUCCCCUGGACACCAUGGAGCUCGAAGACCUGCAGGACUUUGUGUCAAGAUCUAAAAGGCUCUUUGUAAUCACCGGAGCCGGCCUCUCGACGGAAUCCGGAAUUCCAGAUUACCGCUCGGAGGGAGUCGGGCUUUACGCCAGGACUGAGCGGCGACCGAUCCAGCACACGGAGUUCUUGAAGAGCGCAAAGGCGAGGCAGCGGUACUGGGCGCGGAAUUUCGUCGGCUGGCCACAGUUCUCGUCUCAUCGCCCUAACCCUGCGCAUUUGGCCCUAAGCAGCUGGGAGAGGCUGGGCAAGCUGCACUGGCUGGUAACGCAGAACGUAGACGCUCUGCACUCCAAAGCAGGGCACCAGCGAGUGACGGAGCUCCACGGCUGUACACACAGGGUGGUGUGCCUGGGCUGUGGGGCUCUGACUGCCAGGUCCGAGCUCCAGCACCGCUUCACCUCGCUGAACCCCGGCUGGAGCCAGGAGGCUGGGGGCGUGGCUCCUGACGGGGACGUGUUCCUGACAGAUGAGCAGGUGCAGCACUUCCGGGUCCCUGGGUGCGAGGCCUGCGGUGCUGUCCUCAAGCCAGACGUCACGUUCUUCGGGGACACCGUGGACAGGGACAAAGUGAGACACGUCCAUGAGCGCCUGGCGGAGGCCGACGCGGUGCUGGUGGCCGGCUCAUCCCUCCAGGUAAGGCUGGAACAACGAUCCACCGUCGUUAGGGUGACCAUCGGAGAUGUUUCUCUCCUCUCUCUCUCUCUCUCUCUCUCGUUUGUGUUUCAGGUUUACUCCGGGUACAGGUUCCUUCUUGCAGCUCACGAGAAGAAGCUCCCGAUAGCAAUAGUGAACAUCGGGCUAACCAGAGCGGACCACAUGGCCUGGGUCAGACUCAGCGCUCGCUGCGGGGAGGUGCUGCCCUGCAUUGUACCUCUUUGA